CCGGACUGUGUAUCCCCAUUGGUAAUAAGCACCUCACCAAAAAAACUGGGUGGUUUUCUUCUGUUUCUCCCUGCUCGGAAGGGGGGAGGCGGGUAUUUGAACCUUCUCAUUAUGAUAGAAGGAGGCAUUUUUGAUUCUUUUUUUUUUUUUACUUCUCAUCUUUCUAUACAGGCGCAUGUGUUCUAUGUUUAUUUUUUUCUUCUUCUCCUUUUGUGCUACUUAGCAUAUGGGCUUAGUUUGGUCUUUAUGUUUCAUGCCAAUGCAACGGAGAGUCAUGACCUUGAGCAGCUGUUUUUCUUUCCCAUCUUCACCCAUCUGCUGGACGAUGCUUCUGGACGUAAGCAUUGUGACAGGUUCACCAUUACUUUUUAGUUUUCUUUUCUUUUCUUUCUUUCUUUCUUUCCUUUCCUUCUUCCAUUUUUUCUUUCUUCCCAUCUUAUAUACCUUCUAAUCCUCAUCUCCCUUCAGCGACUAGUGUUUGUUUAGUGACAUGGCGGUUUCAUUUUAUGACUUUGAUGA